AUGUACCGGUCUCUGUACGCCUUCCGAUCGGCGGAGCCCAACUCGCUUCACUUCGCAGCCGGAGAAAGCUUCCUAAUCCUCGAGAGAAGCAACAAACACUGGUGGCUGGGCUCCCGGUGCAGCUCGGGGGAGACCGGCUACAUCCCCUCGUCGUACAUCGAAAAGAUCAAGGCUCCAGAGCAGGAUGAAGUGUUGCAGUCCAUUGACCGAGCCAUUGAAGGCAUCCACAAUGUUGCCUUGAAGAAUGCUGGCAAAUAUAAUCUGGAACAGCGGGAUGUCCUCCAAAAGUUGAUCCAUCACAGAAAGGAGACGCUCGCACGACGAAGCAUUUCAGGAAACUCGCAAGGCCUCCCGUCUUCCAACAGUGAAAUAUCUCUCAGCCAAACUCCUACUUUGCCCAAUGGCCUUAACCGAGACCACACACGACAGGGAGGCGUCCCUCUAUCAGGAAGUAUGGACAGCAUGCAUGGAGAGCCAGGCUUCUAUCAGGUGCCCCCGCAGCCUCGACGCGCGGCUCCGAUCACGCCGCCCCCACCUGAGAAACAACGCAAUAGCCGGCGUCCAGAGCCAGACAUCCCCUCUAGACUGUCUUCUCUGCCUCCGUCCCCCGUCCCGUCCCUCACAAUCAGCAGCACUUCUUUGGAGUCUGCGGCGUCCUCUGACGUCAGCCUGCCAAGUGUUUCAAGCACCCCGCCUCCCCCAGUCCCGUCCCGCGUCAAGCCGGCCGCACCUCCUGCAGACUCCCCGGCUCAGUCGGCCCCGGCCAAGAAGAGCCCCGCUCCACAGCCCCCGCAGUCCACCGAGCACCCCGCUGCCGAAGAGGAACAGGUAGAGAGCGAAUGGCCAGUGGCCCCGCCGUCUGUUGCCGAAAGCCCCCCCGGGAGCCCCGCUCCCUCAGAGCCGGUUCCUCCGACCAUCGGGGCCGAACUGAUCGAGAUGGUGCGGAAGAACACGGGCUUGAGUUACGAGCUGUCGCGGGUCGCUGUCGGGGUCGUGGUGGGCCACCUGCAGACCACUCUGCCUCACUCCUCCUCCGCCCUGGAGCGAGUUCUCCUCUCGCUGGUGGAGAGCAAGGACCUGGGUGCCGCGCUACCUCGUGGUCAGGUGUGUCACGAUGAACAGCGACUCGAAGUCAUCUUUGGCGACCUCGCCCGCCACAGGGAUGACUCCCAGCAACGAAGCUGGGCGCUUCACGAAGACCACGCCCUCAUUGCGUGCUAUCUGGAGGAGCUUCUCAAAAUACUGACUGAUGCGGAUCCAGAGGUGUGUAAGAGGAUGUGCAAGGCCAGCGACUAUGAGAAUGUUCUCUCUCUCGUUUCCUACUAUCAGAUGGAGCUUCGCGUGUCUUUGAGGCUGCUGUUGCUCAAAGUAUUUGGAGCCAUGUGCAGUCUAGAUGCGUCGCUCAUCUCCACCCUCCUCAACUCCAUCCUCCCUAUGGAGCUUGCCAGGGACUUACAAACCGACACUCAAGAGCACCAGAAAAUGUGUUACACAGCUUUGGUACUUACUAUGAUUUUCUCAAUGGGAGAACAGGUGCCAUAUCAUCACUAUGAACACUUGAACCGUGACUUUGUUCAAUUCCUGCUGGACGUGGUGGAGGACGGACAUCCCUCUGACCCCACAGAGCAGCUGCCUGACCUUUUCCUCAACCUGUUGCUGGCCUUCAACCUGCACCACACAGCGCCGAGCCACAACGUGAUCAUGCAGCAGCUGAAGAAAAAGAACGUCAAGAUUCUAUCCGAAAAAGUGUUGCUGCUCCUUAACAGAGGAGACGACCCUGUGUGUAUGUUCAAGCACAUGCCGCCCGCGCCUCACGCCGUGCUUAAGUUUCUGCAGGACGUCUUCGCCGACCGAGAGACUGCCGACAUCUUUUAUCGCACUGACAUGAUGGUGAUGAUUGACAUAGCGGUGCGGCAGAUCUCCGACCUUUCACCUGGAGACAAGCUCCGUAUGGAAUACCUGUCCCUCAUGCACUCCAUUAUGCGCUCAACGGAUUACCUGGAGCACCAGCACCGACUCUCUGACCUGCAGGGAGCGCUGCAGAGGAUUCUCAGGGAGGAAGAGGACCCGGGAGAGGAUGAAGGGAGCGCUACGGCCAAACAGAUGGAUAAGCUAAUUGUGCAGCAGAUCUACAAGGAGUUCCCGCAAAUCAAUACUAAGUCACCUUAG